GCGGCCCCGCCCCCGCAGCCAGCGGCCCUGCGGCAGCCCCGGGCCCGAGCUCCGCCCUCCGCCUCCCGCCGGCCUCGCUCCCUCCUCCCUCCUCCCUCGCCCGCUCGCUCGCUCGCUCGCUCGCUCCCUCCCCCCGGGCCGGCUCGGCGCUGAUUCCGCCGCACGCUGCAGCCGCGGCUGGAAGAUGGCGGGGAACGACUGCGGCGCGCUGCUGGACGAAGAGCUCUCCUCCUUCUUCCUCAACUAUCUCGCCGACACGCAGGGCGGCGGAUCCGGGGAGGAGCAGCUCUGCGCCGACUUUCCCGAGCUUGACCUCUCCCAGCUGGACGCCAGCGACUUUGAGUCCGCCACCUGCUUUGGGGAGCUGCAGUGGUGCCCAGAGAGCUGCGAGCCCGAGCCCAGCCAGUACAGCCCUGACGACUCGGAGCUCUUCCAGAUCGACAGUGAGAAUGAGGCCCUCCUGGCAGCACUCACCAAGACCCUGGAAGACAUCCCCGAAGACGAUGUGGACGUGGGGCUGGACGCCUUCCCAGCUCUGGACAGCGGAGAUGCACUGUCCUGCACCUCAGCUUCGCCUGUGCCCUCCUCUGCACCCCCCAGCCCCACCCUGGAGAGCCCCCCGGCCCCAGCUCCUGCGAUGGACGAACGCUCGCUGCUGCAGAAGCUCCUCCUCGCCACAUCCUACCCAGCGCCGAGCUCUGACAGCCAGAAGGAAGGCAGUGCCUGGCGCCAUCCAGGCCUCAGGUCCAAAAGUCUGCGGCGUGGCGUCAAGAUGGACAGCUCUCAAGACAGGAAAGGCCUUGGGCUGCAGCCUCAGAGCCGGAGCUGUACGGAACUGCAUAAGCACCUCACCUCUGGACCCUCCUGCCCCCGGGCCGCGGCCCGCUCCGUGGAGAGGGGCCUGCAGCCAUCAGCCCCCUCAAGUCCCCGGCUCCCUGACAAGGAGGACGAGGAGCCAGGGGAGGACUGCCUGAGCCCCCAGCCCACUGCAGCCUCUCCCUGGGACUCCCCAGUGCCGGGCCAGGCGGGCUGUGGCAGCCAGCUUCCCCAGGAGGAUGCACAGGCGAUGGUGCAGCUCAUUCGCUACAUGCACACCUACUGCCUCCCGCAGAAGAAGCAGCCCCCGCAGGCCCCAGAGCCAGCCCCCCAGCCCUGCAGCAGCCCUGCCAAGCAGGUCAGACCCCAGUCCGGCUCCCGGCACCCCUCCAAAGCCUCCUGGGCCGAGUUCUCCAUCCUGAGGGAGCUUCUGGCCCAGGAUGUCCUCUGUGACGUCAGCAAACCCUACCGCCUGGCCACGCCUGUCUACGCCUCCCUCACGCCCCAGCCCAGACCCGCACCCCCCAGAGACGGUCAGGCGCCCCCAGGGGGCCCCUCCCCUGUGGAGGAGGUGAGGAUCGCGGCUUCACCCAAGAGCACGGGGCCCAGACCCAGCCUGCGGCCCCUGCGGCUCGACGUGAAAGAGGAGCUCAGCUGGCCUGGUGGGCUGCAUCGGCCGCGGGAGGAGGACGAGGAGGAGGACGACGAGGAGGAGGAAGAGAAAGAGGAAGAUGAGGAGGAGGAAGAUGAGGAGGAGGAGGAGUGGGGCAGGAAGAGGCUGGGCCGAGGGGUGCCGUGGACCAAGCUGGGGAGGAAGCAGGAGAGCUCCGUGUGCCCCGUGCGCCGCUCCCGGAGACUGAACCCCGAGCUGGGCCCCUGGCUGGCGUUCACGGACGAGACGCUGGUCCCCACCAAGCCGCCAGGCACGCUGCCCUCCCUCUGCCCAGCCUCCGAGGCCUACACCAUGGAGGGGGACAGCCCCACAGAUGAGGACAGUGGCCGAGAGCAUGUGCAAGGACCCCAGAUCUCUGCCCUGGAGAGUCCCUGCGAGAGCGGGUGCGGGGACACCGACGAGGACCCCGGCUGCCCGCGGCUCCCCUCCGGAGAAUCUCCCAGGUGCCUCAUGCUGGCCUUGUCACAAAGCGACCCUCCCUUUGGCAAGAAGAGCUUUGAGCAGACCUUGACAGUGGAGCUCUGUGGCACGGCAGGGCUCACCCCACCCACCACGCCUCCAUACAAGCCCAUGGAGGAGGACCCCUUCAAGCCCAACCCCAAGCACAGCCUGGACAAAGACGCAGCUCCCAGCCCCCCAUCCCCUGAGGGUCUCCAGCUCGGGGCCGCCCCAGGGGCUGCCCACAAACUGCCAAAGAAGCCCCCAGAGCGGAGCGAGCUCCUCUCCCACCUGCGGCACGCCGCGGCCCCGCCGGCCUCCCAGGCUGGCCAGAAGCGCCCCUUCUCCUGUUCCUUCGGAGACCACGACUACUGCCAGGUGCUCAGGCCGGAGGGUGCCCUGCAGAGGAAGGUGCUGAGGUCCUGGGAGCCUUCCGGGGUCCACCCUGAGGACUGGCCCCAGCCGGGGACCCUGUGUGCCGAGACGCAGGUCCCCGGCAGGGAGGAGGACAGAAGCUGUGCCGCUGGCGGCCCACCCAAGGACAGCGUGCUGCUCAGAGACCACGAGAUCCGCGCCAGCCUCACCAAGCACUUUGGGCUGCUGGAGACCGCCCUGGAGGACGAGGACCUGGCCUCGUGCAAGAGCCCCGAGUAUGACACCGUCUUUGAGGACAGCAGCAGCAGCAGUGGUGAGAGCAGCUUCCUCCUGGAGGAGGAAGAGGAGGACAGGGAGGAGGAGGAAGAGGAAGAGGACUCAGGGGUCAGUCCCCCUCGCUCUGACCACUGCCCCUACCAGAGCCCACCCAGCAAGGCCAGACGGCAGCUCUGCUCCCGCAGCCGCUCCAGCUCCGGCUCCUCUUCCUGCCGCUCCUGGUCACCAGCCUCCCGAAGGAACUUCAGAGGUGAUGGCAGAGGGCCGUGUUCGGAAGGAACGCCAAGCGUCCGGCAUGCCAGGAAGCGGCGGGAAAAAGCCAUCGGUGAAGGCCGCGUGGUAUACGUUCGCAAUCUCUCCAGCGACAUGAGCUCCCGGGAGCUGAAGAGGCGCUUUGAGGUGUUUGGCGAGAUCGUGGAGUGCCAGGUGCUGACGAGAAGUAAGAGAGGCGAGAAGUGCGGCUACGUCACCUUCCGGUGUUCCGAGCACGCGGCCCUGUCUCUGAGGAACGGCGCGGGGCUGCAGCGCCACGAGCCCUCCUUCCAGCUGAGUUACGGAGGGCUCCAGCACUUCCGCUGGCCCAGGUACACCGACUAUGAUUCCAAUUCUGAAGAGGCCCUCCCCACGCCCGUGAAAAGCAAGUACGAAGCCAUGGAUUUUGACAGCUUGCUGAAGGAGGCCCAGCAGAGCCUGCACUGAUCAAGCCUUACCCUUCGAGGAAUACCUCAAUACCUCAGACAAGGCCCUUCCAAUAUGUUUACGUUUUCAAAGAAGUGAGGUCGCCGAGGAGGAGAGCGCGAGCGAGCGUGAGAGUACACACGGAAGAGAGACUUGAACUUGCUGUCCUUUUCAGAACAAGAUCAAUGUUUACAUUGAACAAAGCUGCUUCUGUCCGUGAGUCCCCAUGGUGUUGAUGUUCCACUGCCAUGUUGGUGUCCUCGCUUCCCACGGGUUGUCCGGGCGCGCGCCUCCCGUGCUGGGUCGGUCACCCUGUGCCCCCUCAUCCCUGCGUAGCCUUGCAGCUGUGUUCGCCAUAACACUGUUUGUCUGUAGUGUGUGAUGAUGAACUUGUUACUUGUGAAUAGAAUCAGGACUAUCAACUCGUUUUUAAUUGAAAAAAAAAAAAAGAACAAAGUAUAUCCUUCAAAUACUGUAUUUAUGGCUCAGAUGUGCUGUGCCUGGGAUUAUUGUAUCGCUUCCUUGAGUUUUAACUAUGCACUGUCCUAAGAUGUUUGCCGCUGAGCUGCUCUGCUUCCCUUCCCAGGCUGCCCUGGAGGGGCUGUGUGGCCUCCGGCCCCACAAGGAGCAGCACAGACAGCUUUCUGGGUCUUCCCCAUCUUGUGUCCAGCGGCCCCUUCUGGCAUGUGCCCAUCUGUUCGCUCUCAGCCCCUCCCGUACCUUGUAAAGAGGGCCAGGCCAGCUGCACUGUGCCCAUUGUCUAGGAGAAGCAAGGCUGUGCCCAGAGGGUACAAGCGGCUUGUCUGGGAUCCCGUGGCCAGUGACCCAGACCAGACCUCCUGAUUCCCAGCAUUUGGGGCAUCCAGACCACAGCUGAGUCAUGUUGCCAGCCACAUUCCAGGCGUGGCACACGUGCUGUGCACACCGUCAGCUCUGAGCCCAGUGGUCCUGUGGUUUGCCUCUGCCUGUGGGCAAUGCGCCGUCAGUGGGUUGUGAUGCACCUGGCAAUGGCUGUCGUCCCUCUGGGGCCAGUCGCCGGCCCCUCCUCUCCCUGUUGUGAGGCUGUUGUCUUUACCUGGUCCUCACGUGUAGAGUUGUUUUGGUGGAGUGGAGUAGAGUAGAGCCAGGAGGCAGUGUGAGGCUAGGGAUGGAGGUGACAGUCUCCACCACUGGGAAACAUUCUGUCUGAACUUGACCUGAGGCUUGGUUCUUGAACAAUGUGAGAGCCACACCCAGCUGGAUGUUCUGCGGGGCCUUUGUUGAGGGCGGCAGUGGCCGGGCAAGGUGGGCACCCCUGCUGCCCGCCAGCAUCUCCUCCUUGAUCCCCUUCAUUCAGCAGGGGUCUUUGGGAAGGUUUUGUUUUGUUUUUUAGGGGUCCUGCUACUUUCAAAAUGCUUGAAAGUGGUUCAUUAGUCUUGACCUAGUCCCUUGAGAAUUGGUAGUUUUUUUGUUUUUUUUUUUUUUUUUCUUUUUCAGAUUAUCAAAUACCUCUAGGUAAACUGAGCCCAUGACCUUGUCCUGAAGGUGAGCGUGCUUUCAGUCCCUCGGUAAGGCUGGAGGGCACAGGCUUUAGCAGGAUCAGAGAAUUUGAGCUCCUGUGUGUGUCAAGUCGUUUGACCUUUCUGGACCCCUGAUAAAGUGAAGUGAGAGGGAGAGUUCAGCCAUUUCCAGCAGUCUCAGCUUCUGCUAAGGCAGCGUCUAGCUCAGGGUGGCACAUACGAAGUACAGGCACCACCACUGCCCUGUUCUUGGCCAAUGCAGAUAUAACUAAUCUAACACAGCACUCAUGUUCUUUGACCCCAGAUGUGUUAUUAAGAGGCCACAACACAGUGCUCUGGGCUGCCAUUACUAACUGGCCAGAGUUUAAUCAACCACACAUCCUGGUCUAAGCUGUGAGAGGUUCCGAUCAGUCAACACAGAACCUUUUAUGCUGCCUGGGUUUUAUGCCAACCCUUCCCCGUCUGUCGUGUCCCAAUCUAGGAGAGAAAACACCCCUAAAGCCAUUCUGGGCCUGGGACUCCCCGUGCCCUGUGACACACAGCCCUUCUCAGGCAGGGCGGGACGGGGGAGCGGAAGAGCAGGCAGGAACAGCUUUGGUGAAGACAGGGUUUAUCCAGAUGGACCAAAAAAGGGACUUUCCACGGUACAGACCUGGUCGUUCUAAGUUCCUUUAUAGCUCUUCACUGCCUAGCACAUAGUAGGCACAUUAGACAGGUUUGUGGGGUGGGAUAGAAUUUCAGUCUUGCUGCUGCCUCCGCUACGUCCUGGUGUGCAUCAGGGAGUGACCUCCGCCUUCACCUGGGAACGAGAAUGAGCACUAGCAUCCAAGUUGUGACCCCAGCAAGAAUUCCCUGUUACUUGGAGGGGGCCCGUCCCCCCGCCGGCACCUCUGUGCUGAAAGGAGUCAUCGGCAUCUUCUCUGAGCCCCUCUGUUGGCCGCCUCCUCUGGCACUGGCCACAGGUUCUGUCUGGGGCUGGUGGCACUUUCUGGUCAUGAAAUGCAGAUUUGAAGGAAGGACCAGCCCACCCACCGCGUCGGGGUACAUGGAGACUGGAAGAUAUUUAGACGUUGGCCCUUGAGCUUAGAUAGCAGAGCCCGAGUGUGGGGUCGGAAGCUGACGAUAGCCUUGGCUUGCUGUCCCAGCCGUGAAAGGCUACAAGCUCCAGAGCUGACCACUGUGGACGACCUCUGUCCCGAAGAGUCACUCAGUGCUGUGUGUCAUCCCCAAGGGCGCGCCAAGGUCUUUCAGGAAAACGAGCCCACCUUGCUCUCUUUCCCACCACAUUCAGGAGCGAUCCAGAGGGAGCAGCCGCUGCUGGCAAGCAUCUCAUCAUAGCUUGGUCCUCAUGUCUGCUCUCGAUGGUGUUUACGUGUGCUCGCCAUCAAAGCUUCCCCCGGCCUGUGCUGAAGCUGCCCACGCAGGGCAGCUCCUACCGUCUCUGUGUGCCCUGCUGGUGUUUUCCAAAAAUGUCCAAUCCAACCGCUAUGUGGAAUUCUUCCAUCUCCUUCCUCAGUCGGUACCAGGCUGAAUCAGAGUCCUCGCUCUCGGGGGCUCUGGUUACCGAAGGAAAAUGCAUCAAAGAGGUAAAGAAUAUGAGUGGAUGGAGUGCAGCUAAGGGCCCCGCCCCCUCUCCCCACAGCGCACCUUGUCCCCAACCAGAAAACUGCUUGGAGUCAGAAAGCACCUGUGUGGUGUCUGCGUCUGCCUGGAGAUCUUGCAGCUUCGAGUGUUACAUGCUCAGGAAAGAGGCGGGGCUUCCGGGAGGGGAGGGGAGAGCAGGGCUCCGAGGAGGAGAAACUCGGUGCACAAAGCUCUGACCCGGGAAGUGAGAGGAGGUGCAGCAAGGUGCCUUGCAGGGCCUGAGGCCUGAGUUCGUUGGUGUUAUGAGAGCGAUUUCUCCUGGAUGCAUGCAGCGCAGGUGAUGGGUGGGGAGGCGUGGCAGGCAUUGAAGGCCCAGGGCUUCUGCAGGGACUGCUCCAGCCGUGGCCCAUCCCAGGCCUUGAGUGCCGCUGAACUUGGAGCCGAGCCUGCAGCUUGAGAAAUGGGGCAAAUCAACCCCAGGGGAUGUGUUGUCACCCUGACUCCGCAUUAGCAAGAUUUGAGAUGUAGCAGCUGCCCUCAGUUUGGGGGAACCUGAACCCCAGCAUCAGAUGUGACCAAGGAAAGAAAUUGGUUGUAUAGUGAUCACAGAUAAGGUGAAUCUAGUGGGUUCAUUGGUCAAGGAAGAGGGUCCCUCUCAGUCCUUCCCCUGGGGCAGCAGGAAGCAAUACAUUAAAGUGGGUCCCGAGCCCCACACAGAUGGGCUCCAGGGCCGUGCUGUGGGCAGAGUCUGGGGUACAGGGUAAGUGGGAGCUGGAAGCCUGCGUGUACCAAGAUGCUGGUGGCCCAGAACAGACCUGGGUUGGGGGGAUGCCCAGGGAGGGGGCAGAGGCUGGCUUUGCAUUAGCCAACAGCAGCACUCUGAGAAGACCCCUCACUUCACCGCCAAAUACAGGUCUCCCGUGGCGGCGUGAGGCGCUCUCCUCGACACUGAAGCGGGUGUUUGUGAAGCGGGCUGGGCAUGGGGAGAGAGGGCAAUGGUGCCUUCCGAGCUCUGGGCUGCGCGAGAGCCAGCACUGGGGCCAGCCCUUUGUGGUGUCUGUUGGAACCCGGCCAACGGGGAACAGCCCAGCCGACGGGAAUGGGUUUGUGCAACAAGUCGUUUAACUAUAAGCCAUCGCGGGGGAGCAGCUGCAGGGCUCCUUGCCUGCUGUGUGACCUCGAGCCCCUGUUCCCGCAUGCAGCACAUCACGAGUGUUGAGUGGGAUGAACGCGAGGGGUGGCUUCCCGACCUGCAGCCUUGGGACUCCAUCGCUCCCCCUGUGAAACCCAUCCCCUUCUCUGGCUGAGCCCUGCUCCUGUUCAGGGGGACGAUUCUCUGCAGAACAUCCGGCCAGCAGCAGGCUCGACCCACCCGGCCCUGGCUGAGUUGCCAGCUCCCCAGGACAGACCUAAGCCAUAGCUUCUCGCGGGGCUGCUGAGGACGUCAGAGCUCGCGUCAGCCGGUCCUCGUGGUCCCCACCAAACAGCUUUCCAUCCCAAUGUUGUGGCCACUUGGCUGCUUCUCUCUUGCUCUCAGACAAUACUAGCAAUACACUUGUUUCUUCAAAUCGGCUUAACUUAGGCACUUUUCACACAUUUCUUUCAAAUGAUUGUAAGCCAUAUGGGGCAACAGGAGGCAUCCAUCACACUGCAUAUGUUUGGGGCAGCUUUUGUUUUUUUGUUUCCCUAAUGGUACAGCAGCAGUGACUGAGGCUUUGGGGUUUAGGGGGACAGCUUUUCCAGAUACUGCAUUUUGGCAGGGUUCCUUGCACACCUGAAGGAGUACGGAAACCCAGCUGCCCCACCUGGGGGCUUGGAAAAUACAGCUUUGUAGGUGAUCACUCCCUGGAAAUUCUUCUGCCAGGCAUUCUUUUAAUAGAAUUCCCAGGAGGCCUGGAAAAUGGAUAGGCCUCCUUCUUCCCCCUCUGCCAGCCUUACCCAUUGGUUCUUUGUGAAGGGGCGUGGUCAGUUUCCACUUUAGCACUUUGCCUUAUCCACCUGUGGCUGCCAUCUAGUGGCCAAAGACUGUAUCCACCAGCUCCUGAGAGGGAAGGCAAAAAUCCUCUGGGCCCCCUUGCUGCCUGACAUGAACUCUGGGAGUGAAAUGUAAUGGCUUGAGCACCUGGUGGGGUGUUCGGCGCCCAUUGUGACCCCAGGGUCAGAAGACUCCAGAAGUGACCACUUAGUAGGUUCGCAUGCAGAUCGAGCGAUGCACUAGCCAUGCCGUGGGCAGAGGAGGCAGGAGUGGACCCUGCGGCCAGGGGCCCGGGAGGGGUUUACUGUAACUGCAAUACUGGCAGCCCAGCGGCUGCUGACCUUGUUAAGUGAACCUCUGCAAGGUGGCCCACGUGACACCAUCGGGACGGGUGAAGAGGUUGAGUGAGAGGCUUGUGGCAGUGGGGGGCCUGGCCAUGACCUUUGAUACGGUCCACUGAAUAGCCAAACAGUUUUAUUUGAUUACUUUUUGUUUGUUUGUUUGUUGUUUUGUAUUUUGUAUUUAAAAAUCUUGUCAAAUGUUUUUGUGUUAGGAAUAAAAAGUCAUAAACUAUUCCCAACACUGUUUCUUGAGGGAUGUACCGAUUCCAAAGGAAACAGGUUGGAAAUCUGCAGGGGAGCGUGGUCAGGGCGGCAGGUGGGACAGCUGCAUUUCCAGACGGCUUCUGGGGGAGUGACCGUCCCGAGGUUCCGCUCGGUGCGAUGUGCCCCAGGAGUUCACAGCCACCCCUCGCCUCCCUGCGCUGUGUCGUUAGCAUUGGCGUGGAGCACCUGCUGCUUUCACAGGCAGCAGCUGACGUGAGACCCCUCUCCCCGCCCCCAGGUUUCUCGAGACGGUGUCUGUUGCUAGCCUUAAUCGACUGGGCAAGGUGGUCCCUAGGGUCCCUUCCAGCUUUUCCAAAUCUUGGACUCAAAUCCUUUUCUCUCGGUGUGAGCAUGCAGCCUAGAGAAUUCUGAGCAAUAGGGAGCCAGGGUGUUCCCUGGCAGUGCGACAGGGUCAAACCAGGGAAUGGCUAACCUUGUGAGGUUUUGUCAUCCCCAGGGGUACUACCGUAGGGGGCAUUAUUUACUAGGAAGCUCAACAAGGUAACUACAGCCUGGGGUGCGUGAAUGUCAGGCUGUGUUUGUGGGGAGUGUGUGUGUGUGUGUGUGUGUGUGUGCACGCGCACAUGCAUGCAUGUGUCUGUGCCUGUGUGUGUGUGUGUGUGUGUGUGUGUCUGUGGAGUUACAUUGAUGCAUUUCUUGAGAAAGGUGCAAGAAUUUCACCUACACAGAGGGACACAUCUGCUUUGUUAUUUAUAAUAGAAAGCUAAAUUUUAAUUUUUUAAAGGACACUGCUAAUGAUUGAGAAUCGAGUUUUUAGUUUUGCUAUUUUUUUUAAUUGGUAGAGGAUUUUUAUAUAUUUUUUCCAUUUUGUUGGGUUGUGUCCUUAUUUAUAUAAAUACCCGGAAGCGGCAAGGAAGACACCUUCUUUGCUUUUAAUUCUUGUGGUUGUCAUCAUCCCUGUUUUAUUUCAGGUGUGAUUUAUCUGUCUUACCUUCUAACUGAGAAGAUGUUUUCCUGUAUUUGUACAUUGUCAGAUUCUAUAGUUUCAUAGAUAAUUUAACCAAAUUGCUCUAUGUAUUAUUAUUCUGUGAGUAUAAAGUUCUAUUUUAACGUCUGUAAAUACUUCAGAACUGGCUUCUUUUCUCCAAACUCCCACUGCGGAGUGACUGUUUACAUCACAGAAACUGUAGAAUCUCUAUGCUCAUGUACUGUAAAUAGUGAAGUGAUUGCUUAUAAAUAAACUCAACAAAUACACUAUGGAGAUUAAAGAGAAAACGCCACCCUCA